CGACGACGACGACGAUGACCCGCCUUCUCUACGUAACACUGCUCGCUGUCUCGUUGGCAUCGGCCACGCCGCUCUCUACCUACCAUGAGACCCCUCGCCAGCGUGCAGGCUUCACGCUCGCACCCCUCGUCGCCGAGGAGCACCCGCACGGGACCGUCAACAACUCGUACAUCGUCAUGCUGAAGGACGGGCUCGCACCCGCGCUCAUGCAGAACCACAUGAACUUCCUGCAGAACGUGCACGCGAGCGACCCGCUCGGGGACCUCCUCGGGGGCAUCACCCACGUCUACGACGCCCACGUGAAGGGCUACGCCGGCAAGUUCAGCGACGCGACCGUCGACCAGCUCCGGCAGUUGCCCGAGGUCGAGUACGUGGAGAAGGACCAGAUCGUCCGCACCCUCGAGAUCCCCGGCGUCGAGGUGGAGAAGCACACCACGCAGACCAAGGCACCAUGGGGCCUCGCUCGUAUCAGCCAUCGGGCGAAGCUUACGCUCGGCACGUUCACCAAGUACGAGUACGACCCUGCUGGUGGCGAGGGCGUCGAUGUUUACGUCAUCGACACUGGCAUCAACAUCAACCACGUCGAGUUCGAGGGUCGCGCGCUCUGGGGCAAGACCAUUCCCCAGAACGACGUCGAUGAGGAUGGCAACGGCCACGGCACCCACUGCGCUGGCACGAUCGCUUCGCGCAAGUACGGUGUCGCCAAGGCUGCAAAUGUCAUUGCCGUCAAGGUCCUCGGCAGCAACGGCAGCGGUACUAUGAGCGAUGUCGUCGGUGGUGUCGUCUGGGCUGCUACUCAGGCGCAGGCGAAGGCGAAGGCGGCCCUCGAGGAGUUCCAGAAGACUGGCAAGACCGCGCACAAGGGUUCCGUCGCGAACAUGUCGCUCGGUGGCGGCAAGUCUCGGGCCCUCGACGACACUGUCAACAAGGCUGUUGACGCUGGCAUGCACUUCGCUGUCGCCGCCGGCAACGACAACCGUGACGCGUGCAACAACUCUCCGGCUGCUGCUGAGAAGGCCGUCACCGUCGGCGCCUCCACCAUCGGCGAUGAGCGCGCUUACUUCUCCAACCACGGUCCCUGCGUCGACGUCUUCGCGCCUGGUCUCGCUAUCCUUUCGACGUACAUCGGCAGCAACGAGUCCGUUUCAACUCUUUCGGGCACGUCGAUGGCCUCCCCCCACACCGCUGGUCUCCUCGCGUACCUCCUCUCGCUGUACCCGUCCGCGGACUUCAACCCUUCCGUCGCGCCCGACCUCGUCCCCGCCAUGCUUAACCAGGACUCGACCAUGGCUUCGCUCUCCGGCGUGUACUCGCUUGCGUGGUCGGCGAUGCCCUCGUGGGUCGCGACCUUCCUGCCGCCCCCGGCCCUCGUCGAUGAGGUCGUCGCCCCUGUCCCCAGCGCGCCGAAGACCUUGUCGCCCAAGCAGCUCAAGCUCGCGCUCCUCGCGCUCGCGACGGAGAACGCGCUUCUCGAUGCGCUGCCCUCGGGUACGCCCAACCUGCUCAUCUUCAACAACGUGACCACUGCAUGAUCGUUGCUGGCCUGUCUUUGUCGAUGCUGUCGUUUCUUGUUGUGUAAUCUUCCCCCGUGACAUAGCCUCCCCUUCGCAUUAUCACGCUGUACAGUACAUAUAUGUUAUGGACGAUGGAUGGAUACGACCCGUGUGCUACAGACCUGUCCACACAAAUCGCGAUGAACGUGUCGCCUUGCGUGUCGCGCAAGAACUUGGACACCCGAUAUCUUGACCAAACUGCGUCGUGCUGACGAUGUCAAUGUCGAGAUUGUAGAUGACGUGUGUUCUCUUAUAACCGGUUAAUAGUACCCCC